AUGACUAAAUCUAAGGAAAUUCAUGCAUCUUGUAACUUUGUCGUAAAGCCAUCUAAUAUUCGAAUAUGGAUACAUGAUAAAGAUAUCGCAAAAUUAACCAGAGUUUUAUGGUCUGGUUUAGGAUUUCGAUUACUAAAUGAAACAAGUACUCAUGGAAAAGUUAAAAAAUUUUUGGAGAAUGUACCGUUAGUUUUGAAUUCUGUACGAGAAAUACACCAGGCAGUUAUAGACAAUAAUAGUGAUCAAUUACAAUUCCUACUGGAGCUUCCACCUCCAGCAAUUAUCACUACCAAAGAUCAAAAUGGAUUGACUGUAGCACAUAAAGCAGCUGGUUUAGGUCACAUUGAAAUUUUGGAUUUUAUUAUUAAAACUUGGCCCCAAGGCGCAAAAGAAGUUGAUAAAACUGGAAAAACGCCUUUGCAUUGGGCAGUUCUCGCAAAGGACAAUAUUAAUGCCAUACAGGAAAUGCUAAUGCAGAAUUUUGGCGUUGAAGAAGAUGUUAUGGAUUAUAAAAUGAAAACUCCAGCAUACUACAAAACUAAACCGCAAGAAUUGGAAAAAUCGUUUUUACUAGUUCUUCCUUCAGCACCAAGAAUUCAAAGAAAUCAAGUAGUUGAUUGGGGAAUUCUGGAAGAUGACAUUGGCGACUUACAUGGAACACGACCAACUGGUAAAAUUGUCAUGGAAAAAAAGAAGAAAUCAUUAGAAAAAGAAGAUCAAGACAUUGACCCGGAUUUGGAGGAGAGCGCAAAUUCUAUAAAAUAUGAUAAUAUUUUCAACGAGGACGAAAUGUUGACAAACGGGAAUCCACAUAGAGGUACAUUACUAAGUGAUGCAGUUUCAAUAGAAAAUGUAGAUACUACACCAAAUCGAACUGAGCUUGCUAUUGGGAAUGAGAAAAAACAAUUCUCAAUGCGAGAAUAUGACGAAAAAAAGCCUAAAAUUAAUAUUGCACCACAUAAAAAUUCCUCAUCACCAUUGCAAGUAACAAAUGCAUUAAAUCAAGAAUCAAAAAAUUCUUUAAAAGCUUGUAAUGAAAUCGAUGUAUUGGAUACACGCGAAAUGAAAGAGGCACCGGCUUCUUCUCAGGAAGGAAGCUCUGAUAAUUAUCGAAUUGAAAUGCUCGAUAUGGAACAAUUGGCAUCUACUGUUUUAAAUGGUGAAGGAAACAAACUGUUAGGUGCUCGGUCAGAACAUAAGGAUAUUCAAGAGUUUUUAGAUAAUGUGCCGCUGUACAUGGUAAUUAAAAUCUAUUUAUAA